CUCACCGUCAGUCCUCGGAGGAGCUGCGAGCGGCAGGACUGUCCAGUUCGGUAGGGGUAUCUUGUCAGCUCGGUUCGGGUCACGCGUGGGGGGGGAGAGCUCGGGAGGGUCGGCCCACACGGAGACAUGGAGGGGACAGGUGGACCGAGCGCGUACGGAGUUCCGCUCGCGGGGGGAGGCUUCGACUUCCACAAGUUCAUCCGGGAUCCGCAAACUAUCGUGCGGCUGCUCAGCUGGGUGUUUGCCAUUGUGGUGUUUGGAACGAUAACUGGAGAAGGAUACAUCAACAGUCUGCACGAUCCUGAGGGGAGGUGCAUGUUCAACCACAGCAACUCUGCGUGCAGCUAUGCUGUUGGUAUCGGGGUGAUCGCCUUCCUGGCCUGCGUGGCCUUCGUCGUGUUGGACGUUUAUGUGCCUUUUAUGAGCAACGCACAGGAAAGAAAGUUUAUUGUCUUGGCUGACCUGGGAUUCUCAGGAGCGUGGACCUUCCUGUGGUUUGUGUGUUUCUGCGUGUUGACCAGUCAGUGGAGUCAAACGCAGGACUAUGGUGGUGUCCCUGUGGACGCAGCACGUGCCACCAUCGCCUUCUCGUUCUUCUCCAUCGCCACAUGGGGAAUCCUAACCUACUUCGCCCUCGGUCGUUUCCGUCGAGGUGUAAACGACGGCACUGUUCCUACCUACACCGAGCCGCCAUCGGACCACCACACCCCCUACCCUCCAACCUACGCACCCACCUCCUACAAUCCCACCACGUACACCCCUACCACCUACACCUACCCCAACAACCCGCCCGAGCCGCACCAUCAGCCUCCCUUCACCUCCAACCUCUCGCCUCAGGGUGACGACGGCUACCAGCCGCCCACAUAUUGAUGAAACAGGAAAGGUGGCGUUCCGGGUCAUCGGCUGCAAGGACCCGGAGCUCAGUCCUGCUGAUGUGGUUUGGAUUUAACGCACUUUUCAAAGUGUUUCGAGGAUCUGAAGCGUGAUGUUUGAGACGACGGACACUGCUAUUUACGUCAAAAAGUCUAAGAUCAGAUCUGAAGACAUCAGAGAUUAAAGUUCGAGUAAUCUAACCUUAGACCUGUGUGCAAAAGCAACUUUUACCUCACAUGAGCUGAUCCUGCAGGGGAGGGGUUACGUUGCAUUAGAGAUAAAGAAAAAAAAACAAUAAUCUAGAGGCUAACGUUUUUCUUUUUAAUUUUGUAAACUCAAAAAUGUGCCUUUGAAUAUAGAGUUAAUGUAAUUUUCAUGGUUAUGAGAUACAUUUUUGUUUCUUGUGGUCACAACUAUUGUGAGUUUUUGAAGCCAAAAUUAUUUUUUUUUUGCAAAAAGUUAUUAAAUUAACAGUGCUACAAAUUUAGUUCAAAGGAUAUUUUUGUGGUUUAAGAUGUUUUUGUGCCACAAUAAAACGUUUCUUUGUUGCCAUCGGAACAUUUAAAAACCAGUCGCCUCAUUACUUCCAGAAUGUGUAACAGAUCAGUGUUGGUAAAAAAUAAAUAAAAAAAAGUUUACACGUGCCGAACUGACCUUUAAACCUGCGGCUUUCAGAUAAGAGAGGAGCUUUACAUCAACUCUGCACCCAUUUCACUGCUUCCACGGCGGAGUUUGUUCUCCAACGUGACAUUAUUUAAAGAAAGCUGCAUCUGUUUUGACAUUUACCGUUACUUAAAAUGCUUUCGUGUCUAUUAAUCCCAGUUUACUGCCUCGACCCGCCCAUGAAGACAUGGCUCAUUUUGUCUGAUAGAAAUGUGGCUGCUGUUCAGGAAGACGAGAAUCAGACAGCCCAAGAUCAGUUUUCUUAUGUUGCCAUGUUUUGAGUUAAUUGCGUUAUCGAUGUUUUAUCUUUUGAUGAAAGUGUGUAGCUGUAACUGAACACAAAUGUAUCUUUUUUUGUUGUGGCGUUAAAAAAGCAAAACAUGUUAUAUUUAAACUUUGGUUAUUUAGGUUUGAACAGCUGCAUUCAGUUCCUCACAUCGCCUUAGUUUAUCUUUCAGCCUCUGAAACGUCACUUUAGUAUUUAGAUCAAUUAAAAGUCUGACGUAUU